UGCUGGUGCUAGCCUUGUAUAAGGUCAUGUCUAGCGAGCAUGUUGGGGUGGGACGUGUGCACAGAUUUAUUUUAAUACACUGCAGGUCCUACCAGAGGGCGGAGGAAUGUCGAGCCUGCCAGCUCGUCCCAGGACUGCUGUCACACUAAGGACAAGACAGGACUUUUUAGUAGACACCACAGGCGAAUAAAAAAACACUGAAAAGAGGGCGUGAGCGGAAUGUCCGUGGAUGAGAAGCCUGAAGCCCCCAUGUAUGUGUAUGAGUCGACGGUUCAUUGUACCAAUAUCCUCCUCUGCCUCAACGACCAGCGGAAGCAGGAUAUCCUGUGCGAUGUGACUGUCCGGGUGGAGGGCAAGGAGUUCCGCGGGCACCGGGCCGUGCUGGCCGCCUGCAGCGAGUAUUUCCUCCAGGCGCUGGUAGGCCAGGCGGAGAAUGGCUUGGUCGUUAGCCUUCCGGAAGAGGUCACUGCCAGGGGAUUCGCCCCAUUGUUGCAGUUUGCCUACACUGCUAAGCUGUUACUCAGCAGAGAAAACAUCCAGGAGGUCAUCCGCUGUGCUGAAUUCCUGCGCAUGCACAACCUCGAGGACUCAUGCUUUCGCUUCCUGGAAGCUCAGCUGCGCAGUGAGGAGGACGGCUUGCUGCUCUGCCACAAGGUGGCGGCGGAGGUGAACAACUCAGAGGAUGAGAGCAUGCAGUCAGAGGUGGAAAGGCCCACCUCCCCCAGGGCGCGGCGGUGUGCCGACGCCCUCUCCUCCUUUCGACACCCUGAUGAUGAUCGGCUAGCGAUGGCUGUGCCCAGUAACUUCAUGGAUGGCCGUCUGGACUUUGAUCGGCAUGGUGCAUCAGACCUGCCACGAUGCCCCAAGUACAGGAAAUACCAGUGGGCUUGUAACAAGCACAAUAAUGACACCUCCUCAGACACCAGUACCUCAGGUUUUCCAAGCACAUUAAAGGAGAGCAGCGUAAGUGGGGCAGUGCCGGGUCAGGGCAGGCUGCCUUUGGCUCAGAUCAAAGUUGAACCACAGGCAGAGGAAGAGGCCAUCUCAUUGUGCCUGUCAGGGGACGAGCAGGACGUCAGGGAUAAGGACAGUGUGACAGCCAUGGAGAUGGAUAACCCAAUAUCUGUGGAAAGAACCAAGAGAACCAAGUCCCCUUCCUGCCUCCGAGCCUUCUUCAAGAAAGGGGUGGACCUCCCCAGUCUGCCCAACACAUCACAGCAGCUAUUCGCCAACAGACUUGUCUGCCCCCAGGACAAAGGAAACUCUCAGGGAGAUCAUAAAAAAGACUUCAGGCCUUUCACUGGGGAGCUGGGUCUGUCAGUUACAUCCCCAAAGGACAUGGACGGUUUCCCUGCAGGGUUGUCCCUCAAGUCCACUUCCUGCGAUGGGGUCUGCAAACAGGAAGUUGAGAUAGACCGCCGUAGUGUCAUAUUUUCCUCAGGGGCCUGCAACCGUCUGGGAACCCCAGCGCAUUCCUACCCUGGUGGGAACUCUUUGGAGAUGGAGCUCGUUGAGCCCAUGCCAAAGGGUGUGUGGGGUGGAACCAGCCAGUCCCUCCCCAGCUCCCAGACCUAUUCUCCCAGCACCACCUCUUCUGAGCCCCCAAUCCUGUGCCGCCCACGGCCCAACACCAGCUGCCCAGUGCCAAUCAAAGUGUGCCCACGCUCGCCGCCUUGUGAGACCCGCACCAGGACUUCCAGUUCCUGCUCUUCAUACUCCUAUGCGGAGGAUGGCAGCGGAGGCUCUCCCUGCAGCCUGCCCCAGUUUGAGUUUUCCUCCUCACCGUGCUCCAAUGUGGCACGCUGCCUCAAUGUGGACCAGCAGGAGCAAAGUGUGGGAGGGGAUGCCCUUUUUAACCAGGUGCGGCCCAAGAUCAAAUUUGAGCAGUCCUACGGCACCAACUCCAGCGACGAGUCAGGCUCCUUCUCAGAGGGAGACAGCGAGUCCUGCCAUGUACAGGAGCAAGGGCCAGAGGUGAAGUUGCCUUUCCCCGUAGAUCAGAUCACAAAUCUUCCACGGAACGACUUCCAAAUGUUGGUGAAAAUGCACAAACUGACCUCGGAACAGCUUGAGUUUAUCCAUGAUGUGAGGCGACGGAGCAAGAACCGCAUCGCGGCGCAGCGCUGCCGCAAGAGGAAGCUCGACUGCAUCCUGAACCUGGAGUGUGAGAUCCGAAAACUGGUGUGUGAGAAGGAGAAAUUGCUGAUGGAGAGGAACCAGCUGAAGGCGUGUAUGGGCGAGCUGUGGGAGAACUUCUCCUGCCUGUCGCAGGAGGUGUGCAGAGACGUCCAGCUGAGCCCCGAGCAGGUCCAGUCUUUACACCACUACUGCCCCGUGCUGCGGCCCGCCGACUCCACUGCCAGCAACAACGCCGCCCACCACCCUAAGCCUGCCUCCAGCCCCGCCGCCAACACCACCACCACCACCACCACCACCACCACCAGCAUCGACCUCACCACCCACUCGGGCUCGGCCACACCGGAGCCCAGCUUACACGGGUCGCCCGGCCCCUCAGAGAGCGAGCCCGACUCAGCCGUCAGGAACGGGGGAAACAGAGAUACGGACGGCCAGGACACCAGCUUGUACACAAAGUCAGGGCUGUCCGUGGAAAAAUCCAACCAGACGGUAACAGUGGAUUUUUGCCAGGAAAUGACUGAGAAAUGUACAACUGACGAGCAGCCAAGGAAGGACUCUACUAAGUAGUGGUGGUUCUCUGUGUUGUUUUUUAUUAUUUAAUUUUACUCUUCUGACAAACCCCUCUCUCGGGUUGUUGAGACGGUCAGCCUCCGCCAGUGUUCACUGAUAAACAAGCUUUGUUUGUAUUUAUGUCUUUUUGUGCUGUGUUUUUUUUUUUUUUUUGGAACGGUUGACACUAAAGUUGUCUUAACAGCAGCAAUACUGUUCUCCAGGUAUUCUCCUCUUACCAUGACAGAGUGGGGAACUUCUCACCAAACCCUUACAAUGGUGCUAUACUCUCCCCGGCAGCAACCUUUACAGUGGAGACUCUGUUCUCCACGUCAUCACACAUCACAACUCAUAGUUGAACCUCAUCGGACCUAAACAGCAGCUCUCUUUGUCUCCCUGUGUACCAACAGUAUCUUUGUUCCUGCCUUCCUCUUUCACAUUUUCCUCUUCUCUUUUUUUCCCACUCUGUCUCUAUCAAUCUUCUCUACCUCUCUCUGUCCCUCUCUCUCUCUCUCUCUCUCUGUCUGUGGUUCGUCUCUCACUAUAUCUCAGUGGCCCUUUUCGUCACAGCAAUUCAAACUCAGGAAAAUAAAAUAAAAUAUCCUCUGAAUGUUCAAUCUAAUUGACCCUGCCUAAGUCCCACCUCUUUUGGAACCUCAGUCAACUUCCUCUUUUCCUGUACUUAGUUAUGCUAUGCUAUGUGCUAGGCUAGUCUAUGUUGAAAAGAUAACCAUAUUUAAAAGAAGGUUUAAAGAUAAAAGCAACAUUUACAGUAUUGCUAAAGUCUAAGUUAGCUAAUGUUAGCAAAACACUUGAUAAAUAGGUUGCUCAUCUAUUGUUAGCUAGCUAAUUAGAUUCCAUUUUGCUAACAUUAGUUAUCAGAUGUAACUAAGUUAGCUAGCUAACAAUUAAUGUAGAAACCGCUAGCUACUUAGCUAGUGGUUUACUGUGUAGCAUGCUAGCUACCUAGCCAGCUAAUGAUUGGUGUGCACUAUAUCUAUAUAUAUCUAAUUUUUAUCUUUUAACAAUUAUCAAAAUGUGGUUGUCAAUUUAAACAUAAAUUAGCCUAGCACAUAGCAUAUCUAAGUACAGGGAAGGAGAAAAGUGACAAAGGUUCUGACUGAGGCUUGCUCAACUGUUAUUGGAGCACAUAGCAAAAUGGGGCGGUACUUAGGAAGGGUCAAUUCCUAAAAAAUGAGAAUACAGCUUCUGUACGUGAGGGAGUUAAUGAUGCAGUUAGGCUGUAAAAUGUUCAUAUGCAAAAAUGUCUUCAAGCGUCUCGCAUUUGUAUUUCUGUACAGGAGAACUUUGUACAGGCUGUAACCGAAAACAUUCCUCCUUGCCUUCCUCAGCACUGAAUUGAAAGGAAGAAAAAAAAGUCUUUGCAGGCGGUUAAAUGGCUAUUUUUUAUUUUCCACUCAUCAGCAAUACCAUUGUAUUUGGAUGUUGUACUGGUGACUUUCAAGUGCUUGUUUGGCACAAAUGUAAAUAGUAUGGAGCAUGAUGACUGUAACAGUGAUUUUGUACAGGUAGAGGCUUAGAUGUUUCUUUCUCACCGGGAUUAUAUCAAGCACCUUUUUGCUAAGGGAAAAAAAAAUCUUUGCUUUGCUGUUUCCUGUCCUGCCUAACGAAUACUCCCCAUCAUGGCGGGUGUUCUUAUACUCAGGAAAUCAGCUUGACACACAUGUAGACACACUUAUACAGUACAUACAGACACACGCAUCAACACACACGUAGAAUUUUGAGACCCAUGCAUGUAUAAAAGUUAGACAUUCAAGACUUGUUUUUAACGCGUAGGCUCAAGCCAGAUCCUCUCCACCUUUGACUCCUCUUUAAAUGUGAAAAAAGAGUUCUGCCUUGUGUUUUUUCGGAGGAAAUCUUAUUUCUUAUCAGUAUUUAAAGACGCUAUUUGUGUACACUUUCGCAGACACGCUUUGGUUUUCUUCAGUGUUGCUGUUUGAUGUUCGAGGGAAAGAGAACAGAGCACAGCCAACAUCCAAGUUAACUUUCAUUUUUUUCAAACUGAUCCUGAAAAAAACGAAACACCUAUUGACAAAGGAAAAUAAAUGAACUUUAUUCGGGCACUUUGUUUCUGGCCCCAAGCGCUCAGAGCCAUUUAGCACUUCAAUGAGGGUCUUUGUCUUUGUUUCAGACCCCUUAAAAGUAUUAGACGGGAGCACUUAAAUUGGCCCUUCAAAAGGAAACAUCAUGUGGAUAUGAUUAUAUACAAUAAAAUAUCCCUAUGAAAAAGAUGUAUCUGAAACCUAAACACAAAAGGAAGUUAAUGCUUUAGUAUAAGAUUGUUCACACCUUAUAUUUGUAUUUCUUUAGGAAUUGAAUAAGCUAAUUCAGAUUUCAUUUGACGUGAAAAGGGUUUAUGUCUUGUCCAAAUGAUUAAGUAACAAUCAUAUAAGAUAGUAACACGUUUUGCCCUAAUUGUGCAUUUGUUUGAACAUCCCAGUCUGUGAUGUGCAUGCAUGCUGCCUAUAGCUGUGAGCCUAGUUAGUUUUUUCUAGCUUCUGUUUGCCUUGUAAGUUCUCUCUGGAGCAGUCUGCUUUUAAAAUGAUAUUUUUAAAAUUUCAAUGUAUAAAGAAGCUGAAUUAUCUCAACCCUCACUAGAGGCUGGCUUCAUGUGCGAGAACUCUAGUGCAAAGGUUGAAUUCAAUUGGAAUGUGACGCUUUAUUCAUUGCUCUUUAAAGCCCCAAUCCAAAAUGGCGCUCCCUGUUAGCUUAAUAGAGAGCUGAAGCUGACGUCACCUCUAGGCUAGUUUCUGUAGCUCAGCAUUAUCUCUCAUUGAGCAUUUCUUCCACACUCUUUCUGAAGUUUACUAUCCUCACUCAAAAAGAGUAUCUUACUUGCUAUUAAAAAUGCAAACCCUUUGUGAUUUAAAAAAAGCUAAACAACCAGGAUUUUGUUAACAUGCACACAACUACAGCUUCCAUGAAGUUUAACCAACCAAAAUAUGUCAUUGUAACUGUUGGCCGCUGCUAUCUUGAGCUGGUGACGUCAUUCAUUUCAUGACAUGAAACCCCCUUUUUAUAGUAUCACAUAACUAAUUCAAAUUAAACUGAAGCAAAAUUAACCUCUAAACAUACUUCAGCAGCCUUUAAUGGACACAUUUACUUAAAGUCACAAAGGGUUCCAAUAUUAAUAGAAGGUGUAUAUAAAAAAUAUAUACCAUAUACAACCUUCUAUAAUAGGUAAAUCUAAAAAUGUGGAUAGUAAACCCCAUAGCCAGGUCAAUUGGGAGUGUUAGUGAGCUAGGCUGAAACAAAGGUCAUUUUGAAGCUAAAAAAUGUUAAAUUCUAACAAUUUCUUUGGCCAAAAACCAAACAAUAAAAACUAGUUAACCUGUGAUUGGGGCUUUAAAGUUUGGAUGAUAUCUCUUGAAGUUCUCCCCCUCGCUUUAACCAAUGUAAUUUUUAGAUGUAGUUAAAAUAUGAUCUCACACGUGAGGCUGUUUCAGCCGAACAGAGUAUAACUGUAUUUUAUGAACCCGUACUUUAAUUGUUAAAAGAACGGUCCCUGCUUUGUAGAAUAUACAGACCCAUACAUGCACAAACACAUGCACACACACACGUGAUACAGAAUACAGAACGCCCACAGUACAUGCGUUUCUUGGGGCACAGCCUGCGUGCGGCCGUGAUUCAGCCCGUUUUCCUAUUUGUGCUUUUUCAUUCUUGUACGCGAAACAGUAUUUACCAUGUGGAGAUUCUACCAGGUUCAAGCCAGAAAACUCAAGUGGAAUCAUCUACAUUAUACCAGAAGCUUCUUUUCUGCAAACAUUAUGCAACUCAUUUUCUAUUCAUGUACUUUUUUUAUUUGCUUGAUGUUACAUUAAGGUGUUGCAUUGGAAAGCACCAACUCUUGACUUUGUUUUUCUGUUUGGAGAAAAGUUGUGUAGCAAAACUAUUGUAACAAAGGACCCUGGGUGUCUUUUCACAUGUCCUAAUAAUACUGCAAUGAUCACAUUCUUGUUUUUGCAUUGCAGACUUUCUGUUACACAUUUUGAAUGUUGAUAAUUCAACCUGACAACCUUUCCAAUUCCUGCAGAGCUAAGAUGAAAGAUACAAUAAACGGCCGCCCCUGAAAAGCUUUUUGUCCAGAACUUCUGACCUCUUCAGGUCUUGCUGCAUUGCUCCAACACUGACUGUUUGCUCAAAGCACAGUAACACCCUCAGCUUAAGUGGUGAGAUGAGUUCAUGUCAGCAUCUCCAACAGGUCAACUGUUGUUAAAGGGGUCAGCUCACUCAAAUGUACAAAAACAAAGUUUUGGUUGUAAAGUGUCGUAAAAUGUAGCAUCUUCUUGCAGAAGUAGUGUCCUUUUGCUUUGGAUAAUCACUUACUGUGAACAGUUUUUGUAGUUAGUUUUUUUUAGUUAUUUUAAUGAAAACUAAUAUAAUUGAAAUUCCAUUCAGGUCCAUUCUAUCAGGCUGGUGGCAGAAAUCUUAGACAGUGUCAGACUGUCUAGAUACCAGCAGAGGUAAUUACGUUUUCAAUUAAUUAUUACACACACAUAUAUAUGUGUGUGUGUGUGUGUGUAUAUAUAUAUAUAUAUAUGAAGAAGUAUGGUCUAGACCUGCUCUAUAUAAAAAGUGUCCUGAGAUAACUUCUGUUAUAAAUUGGCAAUAAACAAAUAUAAUUAUAUAAUUUAUAUAUACAUAUAUAUAUAUAUAUUGUAAUUUGGGUGAACUGACCCUUUAGUGUCUCAGGGUGCCAAUCAUUUGAACAUGCUCUCUGUAUCACUCUGAAGCAGACCUCUGCCUUUCUUUUUUUUACUUUUCUUUUUACUUCGAGAGUCAAAUAAAAUGUCCCCUAAAAUUAAUUGUUAAUGUCACUUAAAGCUGCAUUCAUUGAUUUUAAGCCACUUGGGGGCAGCAGAGUAAUCAGUUAACACAACAUUGUCAUAUUGUCACCUAACAAAUUAGCAAACAGUUGCCUGCUUACACAUCAAGCCGACAGAGAGCAGCAUUAGCAUUCAGUUGGAGAGCUGUUUGUUUCCAUCUGAUGAAUGACCAGUAUUGACUUUUUUUUAACUCUGUGUUGGCCUCAAACUCCCCCUGAGAAAAAGAUCUGACUCUUUAGCUGCUAAAGGCUCCACUAUGUUCACCAGAUAGAUGCUAACUUUGUAUCUGUGCUGUUUGGUGCUAGGCAGGUAGCGUACAAUGAGUUUGUUAAGGCUUUUUUUGUUGUUGCUAAAAAAAGCUGCUAGAAAUGAAUUCCCUGGUUUUAAAACCAAAAACAAACAAAUUCUCUACUGGUUUGUCACUACGAGUAACACCUAUCACAUUACACAUGAUCCAUUGUUCAGAUACAAAUAUUGAUUAGUGCAGCUUUAAAUGAUGUAACAGUAAUAAUUCUAUGCAUAGAAAAUUAAAUGAAAUAGUUAGAUAUGAGGAAUCCUCCAGGUUACUUUGUGCCGGCCAAACUCUUUUUGGUUGUGGCCAUUGCAGCAGAUUGAUUUAAGUUUCGCUGUAACUCUGUUCAUUGAAUGCUCGUUACCAUUUUGCUGUGGAUUUGUCUUGUUUAGUUAAACUCUUUUUUUUGUUGCUGCUUCUCUGAAACAAACACUGGCUUUUCAACUCCAAAGGUUGUUCUGUAAAAGAAUAUGAACAAAAACAUGCCUUUCUCACAGAUUGCUCAACUUUAUUGAAAAAAAAAUAAAUCUGGUAUCCUGGUUGAAAGCGCAGGCUGAGAUCAUCGAGUAAAAUAUAAAAAUGAAAAAUGUUUACAAAUAGGUGUCAUGUCAUGUUUGAUAAUUUGCCAUGUAAAAUUGACGCUUGGUUCAAUUGGACUGAUUCUUGGUGUUGUGUAAAGAGACAAAGAAUGAGUUUCCUCACCUUGUCUUUAAUCCAACUUUCGGGAUGGGUCAGCAUUACAUGGAUACAAGUGCACCUCCGAUAUUUGCCUUAGAACUUGCAGAGGCCAUAGUUCACAUUCAAGUGAAGUGAGUGUAUGCAGGGCCCUGGGCCCCCAUCCCUGAGUCACCAGUGCGGACUUUCUCACACUUAUCUACCUGUGAAAUCCUUCAUACCUCUCAUAACUGGUCAAUGACUGUAUCAGCAAACUGCAUCAGGUGUUUUUUCUACAUGCUUUUUACACAGAUUAUAUGGAUUAUUGUAUUAGUAGAUUUUGGUGCAUCAUUUUUAAUGUAAUAGCUCUUAAGCUUGUAGUUCAAGUUGUUGUUUUUUUCUUUCAUUUUUCUAGAUGAUUGUUUUGUGUUAAUAUUGUCAAUUUGGAAUAGCUGUUAUUUGCUUAUUCUCUACUAAGAGUUCUUACCUUUAUAAUUUUUAAAUGCUACAUGACCCUAAUGAAUUAAAAUGACUUAAUAAUCAUUGUAAAUACGGUAUUGUGCAAACCCCACUUUCAUUCAUUUCAAUUGCUAGUGUUCUAUAAAUUACUUUUUUGUCUAGACACCAUUUCUCUUUAUGAAAUAAAGAAACGUGCAUAUCAUG